ACAAUAUGACGGAUCGGCGACAGGGGUGCCAAGAUCAUGAUUGGACAGUGCUCGAAGGUCGGAGGUCGCCGUGUGGGCUUUGGGCCGCGAAGACCUGCCGAGUGCGACUGUGUCCGGUUUUUCAACGGGUGCUGACAGAAGCAAAAGGAUGGAGACUGUAUCCUUCAACCCACCUUUAUAUAAACAGAGAUAUCAGCUGGUCUUUGAAUUAGUAGAGAAAUACAAGGCAAGAAAAGUUGCUGAUUUGGGCUGUGCUGAAUGUAUGCUGUUGUCACGCUUAAAAUUCUGCAACUGCAUUGAAGACCUUAUUGGAGUCGAUACUGACUUAGAACUGCUGAAGGAAAAAAUGUAUCGCCUGUCUCCCCUUCCAUGUGAGUAUCUACAGCCCCGGGCUUCCAUGUUAACAGUAAGGUUGUACCAUGGAUCAGCAACUGUAAAGGACUGUCGUAUGUUGGACUGUGACUUUGUUUCAUGUAUUGAGUUAAUAGAACACCUAGACAUCUCAGAACUCGAGAGAUUUCCGGAGGUGGUGUUUGGAUACAUGAAUCCAACAGUAGUUGUAAUUACAACUCCAAAUGCAGAUUUCAACCCCUUACUCCCAGGAAUAAUGCGAUUCAGGCACUGGGACCAUAAAUUUGAGUGGAGCAGAGCAGAAUUUCAAGCUUGGUCUUUGAACAUUGGAAAUAAAUUUGGCUAUAAAGUGGAAUUUACUGGUGUAGGAAAAGGACCUGUCGGGACAGAACAUUUGGGAUUCUGCACACAAGUAUCUAUAUUUCUGAGGCAGCUAUCAAAAGCACCUCAAACUGAGGCUAAAAAUUCCAAAAUGCUAUAUAAACUGGUAUAUGAAGUUGUUUACCCAAGUCUGAAAGAUAAGAAAAUCCAGCAGGAUAUUGUCCUUAAUGAAGUUAUCUAUGCAGCAGAAUGCAUGAGAAGGCAGAUCGUUAACAGUCAUUAUGAUGAUGAGGGGCAAGGAGCUGAGAAUUGGAACCAGAAUGAAAGGGGAUCUGAGCAAACUGAGGAUGGUAAACUGGAAAAAAUAUUUAGGCCAAAAGAUAGUAAGAGACUGAAUGUGUGUAAGAUUGAUGGUAAGCUUCACAUACCCUUGAUUAAUUUAUUCUCCAUGCCUAAAGUGCAACAGCUCAGCGGCUCCCUCCAGCGUCUGGAGGAGAUCCUACAGGCAACUGAUCGAGUAGUGCUGAGUGCAUGUGGGACCUCUCUCCUGUAUCCUGCUGAUGAUGACAGAAAUGAGGACUAAUUGAUGGAGUCUUACAAUCAGCUGAUACUAGCCACUGACAUAAUGAAAAGAAAUGAUAAAUAUAUUCAAAUCAAAAUACAGUGUGUGUGCAAGUACAGGAACAUACUCGGCUACAGCUUCUGAAUAAAGGAGCUGGGCAAUCAAUAA